AUGGCAGGAAAAAAAGGUAAGUCUAGCGAUAAAGCUGGAAACAACAAGUUGAAAAACGAUGUUGUACCGGAUGAGCGUUUACAAGCCAUCGUGCUGACGGAUUCAUUUGAGACCCGGUUCAUGCCUCUAACAGCGGUGAAGCCCAGAUGUUUGCUCCCUUUGGCCAACGUUCCCUUAAUCGAGUACACUUUGGAAUUUCUUGCCAAGGCAGGUGCCAGCGAAGUGUAUCUGAUGUGUGCAUCGCACGCUGAACAAAUCAGCGAGUACAUUGAACAGUCGAAAUGGAACAAACCGUGGUCGCCCUUCCGCGUCUCAACAAUCAUGUCACUUGAAUCGCGGUCCGUCGGAGACGCCAUGCGUGAUCUGGAUAAUAGAGGUAUCAUCACCGGCGACUUUAUACUGGUAAGCGGAGACCUUGUCACAAACAUGGAGUUUGACAAAGCUCUGGAUUUCCACCGCAAAAGAAAAGCAGAGGACAGAGACCAUAUAGUCACUAUGUGUCUCAGCAGAGCAAGCCAGCUUUUCAGAUCGAGGUGCCACGAACCAGCGGCUUUCAUUCUGGACAAGUCUAACGAUAAAUGCUUAUACUACCAGGACAUUCCUUUGGAGAAUUCCAAGCACAAAAACGCGAUAGCCAUAGAUCCCGAGCUUUUGGAAGGCGUGGAUGAGUUCAGGGUCCGCAAUGAUCUUGUGGACUGCCACGUUGACAUCUGCUCGCCUCACGUACCGGCCAUUUUUCAAGAGAACUUUGACUAUCAAUUUUUGAGAAGGGAUUUUGUCAAAGGUGUUUUAACCAGCGAUCUGCUAAAGAAGAGCAUAUACGCCUUCAUCACUGACGACUAUGCUGCUCGUGUCGAGAGUUGGCAGACAUACGAUGCUAUCUCUCAAGAUUUCAUUGCCAGAUGGUGCUAUCCUAUGGUUUUGAAUUCGAACCUGCUCGACGACCAGUCAUACUCAUACGAGUCCGAACAUAUCUAUAAGGAGAAAGACGUGGUGUUAGCGCAAUCGUGCAAAAUUGGCAAAUGCACGGGAAUUGGAUCCGGAUCGAAGAUUGGGGAAGGUACAAGCAUUGAAAACUCUGUUAUUGGGAGAAAUUGCCACAUCAAAGAGAACAUUGUUAUCAAAGACAGUUUCAUAUGGGACAACGUCACCAUUGGCAGCGAUUCCGUUAUUGAGCAUGCUCUUGUUGCAUCGAACGUCAACGUUGGCUCGGGCGUCGUUCUGAAAGAUGGAAGUGUCAUAGGUUUUAAUGUCACGAUCGAUGACGACAUGACAAUUCCUGUGGGCACAAGACUUUCGGACACGUACGUUGAAAAGCGCGUGUCUCAGUUCUUGGACAGCGAGUCGUAUAGCGAUGACGAAAUCGAUGAGUCUAAAUCUGAAUCCAAAAACCAUUUGCCUGCUUUGGCACUGGUUGGGGCUAAUGGCGUUGGCUAUGUCUAUGAGAGCGACGAUGCGCACGAUUAUGACGAAGACAGUAGUGUGGUUUUGAACGGCACGAACGCCUUGACGCACCGGUUCGAUGACUUGUACUUGAGUGACAACUCGAUCUCAUCGAUGUCGGCCAAACACAAGAAAAAGCGCCGGUUCUCUACAAACAGUGCUGCCGCGCUGAACGGUCGUGACGAUGAGUAUUACGAAGACGACAUGGACGAUGAUGAGGACGAAGAAGACUUCGCAACCGAGGCCAUUGCCACUGUGGAGAGAGCCAUGGAAAAUAACCACGACAUCGACACAGCUCUUUUGGAGCUCAAUACAUUACGAAUGAGCAUUAACGUCACCUACCAGGAGGUGAGGUCAGCCACCGUGGUUGCAUUACUGAGAAGAGUAUACCAUUUCAUCGCCACGCAGACUUUGGGUGCUAAGGAUGCUGUACAGAAGGUGUUUGGCCAGUGGGGACCUUUGUUCAAGCGCCAGGCGUUCGAUCAAGAUGAGUAUGUGGACUUGGCGAAUUUGAUUUUGGAGAAAACGGUGGCUCAGCAGUUUGAGAAACCCGAGUUCGUGGUGUUCACUGCUUUGACGUUCUUGUAUGACCAGGACAUUCUGGACGAAGACGCCAUUGAUGCAUGGUGGAACCAGGUUUCAGACGAUCCCAAGUACGAUCAACCCAAGGCUCUGGUUGCCAAAUGGGUCGAAUGGCUCAGAACUGCUGACGAACAGUCGAGUUCUGAAGAAGAGUCUGAAGAAACAGACAGUGAUUGA